CUGCAUCCUGCAUCCUACCACCAAAGCAACAGACGAAGAAGAAGAAGACCAACCCUGCUUAGCUUGUUAGCUGCUAACAAAGAAACGCGGAAGUUUCCAACAAACAUCGCGGGGGGAAAUUGGAAGUCUUGCGGUUGUGUGAAAAAACAUGUGUCGAAUACAAAUGCUCAGAGAGUUGGUGAAUCAGCGACUAACUGCGGCUGUUGAGGAAAUAUUUGGAUUGUUCGAAAGAACGAUAGCAGAAUACGUGGAGGAACUUUCUGGAACAAAAGAGGAGAAGGAGCGACAACAAGUUGUGUUACACAGAACAGACGUCCGUGAAGAACAUCUUCCCCCUGGCGAGCAGGGGCCGAUGGACCAGGAGGAGCCACAGCCCCUCCGCUUUAAAGAGGAGCCAGCCCGCUUCAAAGAUGAAAAGGAGGAACUUCGUUUCAGUCAAGAUGGCGAGCAUCUUGAAGGACUGGAGGAGUUCCCAGUGGUUUGUGUCAUUGUGAAGAGUGAAGAUGAUGAGGUCAAAGGUGAAAGUGAGGAGAGCAGCAGCUCAACACAACACAUGACAACAGAAGCUGAUGGAGACCACUGUGGAGGAUCACAAGCAGACAAGCUCUUAGCUCCACUAUCAGAUAGUGAGGACACAACGUCACACUCUCCUGACACUGAUGAUGAAGACUCUAAAGAAGAUGAGACAUGUCACACUGACAUCACUCGCUUCAAAUGUUCUCUAUGUGAUAAAAUGUUUGGUGACGAGAAAUCUCUGACAGCACACACGAGAUGUCACUCCGACAGACACUGGAAAUGCUCUCGGUGCGACAAAACGUUCACCUGGAAGUCGGCUUUGGAAACGCACAUGAGGGUACACACCGGAGAAAAACCAUACGUCUGCUCAGUUUGUUGCCACGCCUUUUCUCACAAGGCAACUUUGACGGCGCACAAGAGGACGCACACUGGAGAGAAACCGUUCGUCUGCUCGGUUUGUUGCCAGGCCUUCUCCCAUAAGGCGACGUUGACGGCGCACAAGAGAAUACACACCGGUGAAAAACCAUACCCAUGUUCAGUCUGUAGUUCACGUUUUGUACACAACCAAGAUUUGAAGAAACACAUGCAAAGGCACACCGGGGAAAAGCCGUUCAUCUGCUCAGUUUGCGGUAAGAGAUUCUCCCGGAAGCAGCUUUUGACGAUACACUUUAGAAUACACACCGGAGAGAAACCAUUCUCCUGUUCCGUGUGCGGCGUCGAUUUUGUACGAAGAGAGGAGUUGAAAAUCCACACGAGAAUACACACCGGAGAGAAACCGUUCAUGUGCUCGGUUUGCGGUAAAAUAUUCACCCGGAAGGUGCAUUUGACCGAACACACAAAAAUACACACCGGAGAGAAACCUUUCUCCUGUUCCUUCUGUGAUAUACGGUUUGCACGAGGACACGAUUUGAAAAAACACAUGAGAACACACACUGGCGAGAAAGUGUUCAGUUGCAGCGUGUGCGAGGAAAGAUUCGCUUACAAGUACCAGCUCAACAAACACCCGUGUGCCGGGGAGGACAGCAGCAGCAAGUAAAGCAGCAGUUCAAAUAAACUGUCAAGAAUUGG